CGAAGUUGAUUUACAAUCAUCAGUUCUUGAACCUCAACCUUCUACUCCUAUGGACCCCAUGAUGAUAGAAGUCACUGUCACUCCCCAGAUUAGUCCAGUUGCAACAAAAGCGAGACCAACUGAAGAAGUUGGUACAUCGGCCGAUGUUGUGACUAGAAUUGAAUCUCCUCUUAAAGAGUCUCUUAGUUUGGACCCGCCGUCCUCUGAGACUUUAGUUGAAAAAGUCCCUGAUGUAGCGGGUGCAUCAACAGCUACCAUUCCUGAACCAAUCUUGACUGUUCAGGAAUCCAGAUUACCAUCCUUGAGCGAACCAAGUCAUGCUGAAGGUUCUUCCGUCGAAUUUGUUCCUUCAUCAUUAUCAACUCAAAUCCAAGCGUUAUUGGUUGAUGACGAUCCGGACAAGUCUGUUAUCUGCUCUAAUCUCCAAGGCUUCAUCUCUUUUUUGAACUCUAUGGUCGAUCGCAUUCUCUUCAAAAGAUCGUAUUUUGAGAAUUAUAAAAAAUCUUUUGAGCGUUUUAUAUCAGGGUUCAGAGAGGAAGGGUAUAACGACUUAGCUGAUUCAGUCACCGCUUAUUUGAUUGAGUUGAGACAAUAUAUUGAACUUCUGUAAACUCUUCGCACCAAAGGCAUACCCUUUUACAUCGCUUCUCAUAUGGAAUCUAGGCUGCAAGCGUGGCGUGAUUCUCAAGAAUCUGCCAACUCUGAACUCCAACAAUUAAGAGCCCACAGUCAUCAGCUUAGGGUGAAUAUUGGCAAAAGAACACAAGCCAAGGUCAACCUACGCCGAGAUAUAAAAUCGAGUCGAGCGGAAAUAGCUCGCUUAGAGGAGGAACUUGCAAUGGCCAAGGAUGCUCUUGAUGUCUUGGAGUCUGAGUUGACGCAGGAAAUUCAUAUUGAGGAAGACCUGUUACAGCAACUGAACCUUCAAGAUAAAAUAAUUGCUGAAAAGGAACAAGAGGUCGCCGCGCUUCAAA